GGAUACUGUGCAGCUGUAGAAGAGAAAGGAGCGGAGCUGCGAUGGAUGAAGACAAGAGGAGACAAAUAAAAAUCUCUCUAAUGCUAAAGGUUUAGCUGGUUCAGCUAGUCGAGGCUUGUUUUUCCUCCAUGCAUAAACAUUAAUCUCUUUUUAUUUGCAUGUGGAGACUCUCUGCAGCCACUGAGGAUCAUUUCUCUGAAGGAUAAAACACCUUUCUCUGUCUGCUGGCCUCCUAAUUCUAAUUAGAAUAAAAAAAAACCUUUUAUUUUAUUUUUCCAUCCGUGAAGAAGAAGAUGCUGUCGGAGUCUGAACGGUGAAACUCGCAUGGACACAUUCUCCAUGAAGGUCAUGAUACUGAGAGAAUGAUCAUGCUGGAAAAACAGAGCUCGACGCAGGAGAUCGGCGAGGAGGCCGAGGAGGACGCCAUCUUCACCAUCACGUUGAGGAAGGUGCAGCUUCACCAGUCGGCCAGUAAGGGGCAGCGAUGGCUCGGCGUGGAUACGGACUCGGCACUGAGCCUCUACGAGACCUGCAAGGUGCGGACCAUCAAGGCCGGCACGCUGGAGAGGCUGGUGGAGUACAUGGUGUCGGCGUUCAGGGGCAAAGACUCCACCUACGUCACCAUCUUCCUCUGCACCUACCGCUCCUUCGCCUCCACCAGGCAGGUGCUGGAUCUCCUGCUCAACAGGUAUGCCAAGCUGCAGAACGUCCCUGUAGCCACGGCACACCGAAUCUCCCAGGACGACUGCACGGAGCUGAGAAACACCGUUUCGUCCAUCCUGGGCGCAUGGCUGGACCAGUACUCCGAGGACUUCUGGAGUCCUCCGACCUACGACUGUCUUCACCAGCUCAUGUCCUACCUUCACCACCACUUCCCCGGCUCGGACCUGGAGCGCCGCGCCCGCAACUUGCUGGCCCACUUCCACCGCCGACAUCAGUGUGAGCCUGAUCCUGAUGGUAUGAAGGCAGGACAGGAGAGGGACAACAGCAGGGCAGGGACUCCAGGAAAAUGGGGGGAACACAUCGGCUGCCCUUUCGCUACGCAGGAAGAGAGUGGCUUCGAGGACGAGCUUCCUGCUUUCAGCUUCCUGUCGUUUGACCCCAUCAUGGUGGCGGAGCAGUUCACGCUCAUGGACGCGGAUCUGUUUAAGAAGGUGGUGCCCUACCACUGCCUGGGGGGGAUCUGGUCUCAGCGGGACAAGAAGGGGAAGGAGCACCUGGCUCCCACCAUCAGAGCCACCGUGGCCCAGUUCAACUCCGUCACCAACUGUGUCAUCACCACCUGCCUGAGCAACCCCACGCUGAAGCCCAACCAGAGAGCCCGGCUGCUGGAGAGGUGGAUCGACGUGGCUCGGGAGUGUCGGAUCCUGAAGAACUUCUCCUCGUUGCGAGCCAUCCUCUCCGCCCUGCAGUGCAACGCCAUCCACCGCCUGAAGAGGACAUGGGAGGAAGUGUCACGGGAGAGUUUCCGCACCUUCCGCGAGCUGUCCGAGAUCUUCUCAGACGACAACAACUACUCUCUCAGCCGAGAGCUGCUGGUGAAGGAGGGAACCUCCAAGUUCGCCACUUUGGAAAUCAACCCCAAACGAGCUCAGAGGAGACACCAGCAGCAGAGAGACCUGGGAGUGAUGCAGGGAACGAUUCCUUACCUGGGGACGUUCCUGACCGACCUGGUGAUGAUGGACACUGCCAUGAAGGAUUACACCGAGGGUGGUCUAAUCAACUUCGAGAAGAGAAGAAAGGAGUUUGAGGUGAUCGCUCAGAUCAAACUGCUCCAGUUGGCCUCCAACAACUACAGUUUCACUCAGGACAGCCACUUCAGGGAGUGGUUCGCCGGCGUGGAGAAGCUCAGCGAGGCAGAGAGCUACAACCUGUCCUGUGAGAUCGAGCCUCUGUCGGAGUCGGCCAGCAACACGCUCAGAGCCAAGAAGAACGGAGGGAUCAUGAAGCGCUGGAGCGACCGGCAGCUGACGGAGGCCGGCUGCAGCAGCGCCCCGGGCUCUCAUUCCAAGUCCUUCGACCACUCGCACUACAGACCGUACCAAGGCAGUGGGGGCGGGGGUGGGGGCGGGGGGCGGGGGGGCGGGGGCGGGGGUGACAGCGGCGACGCUCUCAGCGUCACCUCUGUCAGCUCCAGCGGUUCAGACCUGGAGGACGUGAACGCCAGCUUCCUGUCCGACUCUCCGGAGGGACACGAGAGAAAGACGUCGACUCCUUCAGUGAAACUCACCGUCUCUGCUUUGGGACGAGAAGCUCCGGCAGCAGAUACAACGUCAACGUUCUGGACUGUUGAUCCGACAAAACCAGUAAUUAGGAGACAUCACAUUUGGAUGAAGAUGAAGAUGUCCUCACCGCCUCUUCUUUGCUCUCCCGUUCAGUUCUGGGAGUGCACGUCUCUGUCGUCUCUGGAUACCUCCGGGACGGGCUCCAGCUCCGGCUCGGCCUCGGGCUCCAGCAGCGCCUCGUCCUCCUCCGUCUCCUCCUCCACGCCGCUGUCCGCCGGGCGCUCGCACAAGCGCUCGGUGUCGGCGGUGUCCAACUACUCGACUCUGUCGCUGCCGCUGUACAACCAGCAGGUGGAUGACUGCUGCAUCAUCAGGGUCAGCCUGGACGUGGAGAACGGCAACAUGUACAAGAGUAUCCUGGUGACGAGUCAGGACAAGACUCCGGCCGUCAUCCGGAAGGCGAUGAUCAAACACAACCUGGAGCGAGAGAAGACCGACGAGUACGAGCUGAUGCAGAAAAUCACUGAGGACAAAGAGCUUCGGAUCCCGGACAACGCCAACGUUUUCUACGCCAUGAACUCCACUGCCAACUACGACUUUGUGCUGAAGAAGCGCGGCCUGGCGCGGCCGAUGCGGGCCAAGAACGUGGCUAGUUCCACGCUGCCUCGCAUGAAACAGAAGGGACUGAAAAUCGCUAAAGGGAUUUUCUGAGGAGAAAACCACUUCCUGCCUCCCCUCCGACCCCCCCUCUUUAACCCUCUCUGGUCUGUCACUCCUCAGGGGAGAAACAUUUGUUGUUCGGGUGUGUUUGAGGCAAACUAACCUGAGGUGUCUGAGUUUGGACAAAGACGCCGAGACGAGGAGACGCGAUAAACGACCAACCUUUCUGUGGAUUAGCAGAAAGCAGAGGAGCACCUUAGCACUUAGCAGGAACAGCUGUCGCGUCAUCAGGACCCUCCGAGGACUUUAAAAAGGCCGAGUGUGACGCGG